ACUUUCCUCGCGUCGCAUGUCGUUCGAGCGUUAAGUAACUGUUUGAAUAUGAUCGUCGCGAUUUCUCUUCUGUUCUCCAAUUUGACGAGAAUAUUGUUUGAGAACCAGUACGCGCUUUUCAACGUUAGUGCUAUAGCUGUCACCCUUCUGGAGACUUCCGUGUGCCCGUUGGCGAUCGUGAAAUUGAUGUUGAUAGUCACGAGGAACGGCGGGAUCGUCAAUAGUCUCAAGUGUAUCGCUGGACCGCGGUAUUUAAAGUAUAGAUAUGUGUAUAACUUGAAACUAACGACGCAUGAUGACACGCGUCGAGUUUCCUUUGUGACUGUUGUGCUGGAGGGGCACGGUAGUGUUAACACAUGUCAGCUGAGUUACUGCGGUCAGGACUGCCAAAGAAUACCACCGGCACUAUGGAAUAUGUAUGGUGCUAAAGUUAAUUAUCUAGAUUUAAGUUACAACAGUAUUGAAACGUUAAAAGGUCUGGACAACUUCACGCGUCUCGAGGAGCUGAUUCUCGACAACAACAAACUUGGCGACAACGUCAGCUUCCCCUACCUGCCGUAUUUGCAGACGCUCUCCUUAAAUAAUAAUCAGAUAGAAAAUCUAGAAAGCCUAGUGGGCAAGCUGAGCGAGGCGUAUCCGUCGCUGUCGUACCUCAGUCUGCUGAGCAACAAGGCGUGCCCCAACCAGCUCUCCGAUCUCGAUAAGGAUGAGACGGAUUAUCAGAGAUACAGAUACUUCGUAAUAUACAAGCUAAAACACCUGCGUUUCCUCGACUCGCGGCGCGUGUCCGAGUACGAGCGCGGCGAGGCGCUCGCACGCGGCGAGUUCAUGCGUGUGCGGCGCCCGACCUGUGACGUCACCAAGUACACGCCCAGUGACGUCAUCGUACGGCCCUUACCGCUCGAUCUAGCGUCGCUUGGGAAACAUAAAGGUGCAUACGGCAAAUGUCUGUAUAAAUACACGGGCAAGCACUCAGAGGGUAACAGGUUCAUUCUCAACAGUGACUUGUGACAAAAGUGUGUGUUCUGUGCCAUGUGUGUGUCAGAGAUGAUGGCUGAAGCGUGCCGUCUCGUUCUAUUUUAUAUCUGUUCUUGUGUGUAAGAAAGAGAUGGCUAGCAUGUUAUAAAAUGUAUGUAGGAAAUUCGGUAGCUUUUUAUUUUAUUGUAAUAUAAAGUAAUAAGAGAAAUGGCCGAAAUAUAUUUGAUUUGUGUAUGUAAAGAAGAUAGAGAUUACGUUUACAUAUGAAAUAAAAAUAUGUCUUU